GGACGGUAGCGGAACUGGAACCGGAUCAGCCUGGCAGGGUUUCAUCAUGUGCGGAGGCUGAAAACAAGCCGGUUAGUGGUAAGUGUUUCCUGUUUCAGCCUUUAUAAACGCACUCACACACCAGUUCAUCCCAAGUCAACAUCGACAAUGGACGACUUUGCUCAGCAUGAGCCACUGUUUACAUUCGGCGUGAUAGCUGACAUCCAGUACGCGGACAUCGACGACGGAUACAAUUACUCCCGGUCGAGGAGGCGGUACUACCGGAACAGCCUGCAGCUGCUGAGAAACGCCCAGGAAAGUUGGUCAGAGUCGGCUGUCAAGCCGGAGUUCAUCCUCCAGCUGGGAGACAUUAUCGACGGCUUCAACAAGGGCCGCAACGCCUCUGACCGUGCACUGGACACCGUGCUGAGAGAGUUCAGCUCCAGCCCCGUGGAGGUCCACCAUGUCUGGGGCAACCACGAGUUCUAUAACUUCAGCAGGAGCGCGCUGCUGAGUUCAAAGCUCAACAGCACACCUCACACUGACAGGAGCCUGAGAGGAGCCCGGGCUGGCUCUGAUAUCUACGCCUACCACUUCAGCCCGUUCCCCGGGUUCACGUUCGUUGUGCUGGAUGCCUAUGAUGUGAGCCUGCUGGGCAGGGAGGACUCCAGCGAACAGUACAGGAAGGCGAUGCAUCUGAUAAAACAGUACAACAGCAACGAGGAUCUCAACUGUCCCCCAGAGGCUGGGGGCCUGCUGCGGAGGUUUACAAUGUUCAACGGUGGCUUCAGUAAGGAGCAGCUGGACUGGCUGGAUUCUGUGCUGGCUUCGACUGAUGAGAAACGAGAGAGAGUCACCAUCGUCAGUCACCUCCCUGUCCACCCGCACUCCACAGACCCCAUCUGCCUUGCCUGGAACUUCGAUGAGCUCCUGGCCAUCAUACGUUCCCACAGCAGCGUGGUGUGUUUCAUGGCUGGACACGACCACGACGGUGGAUACUGCCAGGAUAAAUGCACUGGAGUGCACCACCUGACGUUAGAGGGGGUGAUUGAGACUCCACCUGACAGCAAUGCCUUCAGCACAGUCUCUGUCUAUGAGGACAGGAUGGUGCUAAGGGGGAGUGGGAGGAUCACAGAUCGAGUAUUUCUGUUUCCAGGACCCCAAAGUGACACAGAUCAUAGGGCAUGAGUGACAUGGUAGGAUUACUUUAAAAAAGGUGAAGUACUGACAAGGACUGUAUUACAAAAACACAGACACACAUACUCUCUGCUCUGUGUUUUUUUUAAGAUGGAAGCUGUCAUGUCCACUUUCCUCAGGAGAACAAAUACUGUACCUCAAAUAAUUAAUUGUGCUUUUUAUUUUUUUAUUUAUGAAAUUUGAAAUCUAUUUUACGCACUGGUUGUUUUUAUCUGGAGGUUUGGUGAAAAAAAUUUGCUUAUUUAUUUAUAUAUUUUAAAAAGGAAGUGAUUUAAAAAAAAAAUAGAUUUGCUGCCUUUUUACAUUGUUUGCUUGUUGCACAAAACUGACACUUAUACUGUUAUUUGCUGAGUGAUGUACAGUGCAAUGUAGUGAGAAAUGCAGUGUACUGUUAAGUAUAACUGAUAUAUUACCCAGUUUUGAGGUGAUGAGAUCAUGACAAGAUAAAUGCAAAUCUGCAGUAUUUAAAAUGUAAAACAAUAUGAUGAAUAAUAAUAAAAAAAAAUCUUCU